ACAACCCAUCAGGUCGUCUGCAUAAACAACAUAAACUUCCAAAGAAAAUCUGUUGUGGGAUUUGUGGAACUGACUAUAUUUCCCACAGUUGCAAACUUGAAUAGAAUCAAAUUGAACAGCAAACAGUGUAGAAUAUACCGAGUAAGGAUCAACGAUUUAGAGGCUGCUUUUAUUUAUAAUGAUCCAACCUUGGAAGUUUGUCACAGUGAAUCAAAACAGAGAAAUCUCAAUUAUUUUUCUAAUGCUUAUGCAGCUGCAGUUAGUGCUGUGGAUCCUGAUGCAGGAAAUGGAGAACUUUGCAUUAAGGUUCCAUCAGAGCUAUGGAAACACGUUGAUGAGUUAAAAGUCCUGAAGAUACACAUCAAUUUUUCUUUGGAUCAGCCAAAAGGAGGUCUUCAUUUUGUAGUACCCAGUGUAGAGGGAAGUAUGGCAGAGAGAGGUGCUCAUGUUUUCUCUUGUGGGUAUCAAAAUUCUACAAGUCAUUUAUAUUUUUAUAUUUUCUUUAGGUCUGAUGAAUGGGUACUGAAGGGAAUUUCAGGCUAUAUUUAUGGACUUUGGAUGAAGAAAACCUUUGGUGUUAAUGAAUACCGCCAUUGGAUUAAAGAGGAGCUAGACAAAAUAGUGGCAUAUGAACUAAAAACUGGUGGAGUUUUACUACAUCCCAUAUUUGGUGGAGGAAAAGAGAAGGAUAAUCCAGCUUCCCAUCUACACUUUUCAAUAAAGCAUCCGCACACACUUUCUUGGGAAUACUACACUAUGUUUCAGUGUAAAGCUCACCUUGUGAUGAGAUUGAUUGAAAAUAGGAUCAGUAUGGAAUUUAUGUUACAAGUUUUCAAUAAACUGCUAAGUCUGGCUAGUACUGCUUCAUCACAGAAGUUCCAGUCACAUAUGUGGAGUCAGAUGUUGGUUUCCACAUCUGGGUUUUUGAAAUCCAUUUCAAAUGUCUCUGGCAAAGACAUCCAGCCUUUAAUAAAGCAGUGGGUAGACCAGAGUGGAGUGGUAAAAUUUUAUGGAAGUUUUGCAUUUAAUAGAAAACGAAAUGUGUUAGAAUUGGAAAUAAAACAAGAUUAUACAUCUCCUGGAACUCAGAAAUAUGUGGGACCACUUAAAGUGACAGUACAAGAGUUAGAUGGAUCCUUCAAUCAUACAUUGCAAAUUGAAGAAAACAGCCUUAAACAUGAUAUACCCUGCCAUUCCAAAAGCAGAAGGAAUAAAAAGAAAAAAAUCCCACUGAUGAAUGGAGAAGAAGUUGAUAUGGAUCUUUCUGCAAUGGAUGCGGAUUCCCCUUUGCUGUGGAUAAGGAUAGACCCAGAUAUGUCAGUAUUGAGGAAGGUAGAAUUUGAGCAAGCUGAUUUUAUGUGGCAGUAUCAGCUCCGCUAUGAGAGGGACGUUGUUGCACAGCAGGAAUCCAUUUUGGCCUUGGAGAAAUUCCCUACUCCAGCGUCUCGGCUUGCUCUCACUGAUAUUUUAGAACAAGAGCAGUGUUUCUACCGAGUAAGAAUGUCAGCUUGCUUCUGCCUUGCAAAGAUUGCAAAUUCAAUGGUGAGCACAUGGACAGGACCACCAGCCAUGAAGUCACUCUUUACUAGAAUGUUUUGCUGUAAAACUUGUCCAAACAUUGUGAAAACAAACAACUUUAUGAGCUUUCAAAGUUAUUUUCUACAGAAGACUAUGCCAGUUGCAAUGGCUUUAUUAAGAGAUGUUCAUAACCUUUGUCCCAAAGAAGUCUUAACAUUUAUUUUAGACUUAAUCAAGUACAAUGACAACAGGAAAAAUAAGGUAAGACCAUAUGAUAGUUGUUUGAGAGCUAUUCGGGUGCUUCAGAAGAAUGGACAUGUGCCAAGUGAUCCUGCUCUUUUUAAAUCUUAUGCUGAAUAUGGCCACUUUGUGGACAUUAGGAUAGCAGCUUUGGAAGCAGUUGUUGACUAUACUAAAGUAGAAAUGCUUGUUUGCAGUCAGAAAAUAAAGAAAGGGCAUAAGAUUCUAAACAUGUUGACUAAGAACCCACCAUUUACUAAGAACAUGGAGUCUCCCUUAUGCAAUGAAGCCUUGGUAGAUCAACUUUGGAAACUAAUGAAUUCUGGUACUUCGCAUGACUGGAGGUUACGGUGUGGUGCCGUGGACUUGUACUUCACACUUUUUGGCCUUAGUAGACCUUCCUGUUUACCCUUGCCAGAGCUUGGGUUGGUUCUUAAUCUAAAGGAGAAAAAAGCUGUCUUGAAUCCUACCAUAAUUCCAGAGGCUGUAGCAGGCAACCAAGAAGCUGUGAAUACUCCAAGCAGUCAUGCGCAGCUAGUGGGAUUUCAGAACCCUGUAAGAAUCACAUGUAUUACAGAAGAUGUGCUAACUUAUAAAAACUUGUCAGGUUUUUUUUCUUCUUUUGGAAAACAAAAAAAUGAAUCCCUCUUUUUUCUCUUGUUUGGUAUUUUAGGACUCUCUAAAUUUCGGCCAGCUAGCUCCCGAUCUGCUUUAAUACCCCAGCAUUCAUCAGGCUGUGACAGCAUACCCACCACAAAACCCCAGUGGAGUAUGGAACUUGCACGGAAGGCAACAGGUAAGGAACAAUCACCUUUGGAGAUGAGUAUGCAUCCAGUGGCAGCAACUCCCCUCUCAGUGUUUACUAAGGAAUCUACGUCCUCCAAACACAGUGACCACCAUCACCAUCAUCACCAUGAACACAAGAAAAAGAAGAAGAAGCACAAACAUAAGCAUAAACACAAACAUAAGCAUGACAGUAAAGAAAAGGACAAGGAGCCUUUCACUUUCUCCAGCCCUGCCAGUGGCAGGUCUAUUCGUUCUCCUUCUCUUUCAGACUGAGAAGGAGACAAAGAGAACUUUCCCUCUGUGUCCAGAAGAAUGUAUGUGACUAAAGCUUUGUCCUCUGUGAAGAGUGAUAAAAGUGGGGGAGGGGAGGAUUUGCUUCUCUUAUAGAAAUUCAGAAUCCAUUUAAGUUCUAAACAUUUGAUUUACAUUAUUUAUACAAAUGAGAUUUAAUUAGGAAAA